AUGACCUGCCUCCCCGGCUUCCUCGGCGGCGGCUCCCCUUGCGCCGCCCUCCGCUCCCUGUUCAAAUCCUCGCGGCGGCGCCAGCAUCACCGGCGCUUCGCCUUCACGCCCGAGCCGGCCCUCCUCGCCUCCGCCGGGCCCCCCGCGCCCCCCUCAGGCCCCGGGCCGCUCGCCUCGCCCUCGCCGCGGCGCCUCAGCGCGGACGUUUCCUCGGAGCUCCCCUCGAAAGCCGGCGGCGGCGGGGGUUUCCGCCCCUCCCGGGUGGUGGUGGUAGCCAAGACGACCCGCUAUGAGUUCGAGCAGCAGCGGUACCGUUUCGCCGGCCUCUCGGAGGAGGACCUCAAGCAGCUGCUUGCAUUAAAGGGAUCUAAUUACAGCGGGCUACUCGAGCGACAUCAUAUUCAUAUAAAAAACUUGGAGCAUGUUGUAGAUAGUUUAAGGAAUGAGAAGAUUGAGGUACGUCUUGUGAAACGCAGAGAAUAUAAUGAAGAAGCCGUUCGGUGGGCUGAUGCUAUUAUAGCAGCAGGAGGUGAUGGCACAAUGCUGCUGGCAGCCAGUAAGGUGUUGGACCGAUUAAAACCAGUUAUUGGCGUAAACACAGACCCAGACAGAUCUGAAGGUCACUUGUGUUUGCCUGUACGGUAUACACACUCAUUUCCAGAUGCCCUGCAGAAACUCUACCGUGGUGAGUUCAGAUGGCAGUGGCGGCAGCGAAUCCGGUUGCACCUUGAAGGGACAGGUAUUAACCCUGUCCCUGUUGACUUGCAUGAGCAACAGUUGAGUCAAGAACAGCAUAGCAGAGCCCAUGUUAAUGAAAGAUUUCAAGAUCAAAGGCCUCAGAUUUCUGGACCACGUCUGUUGCCACUGAGAGCAUUAAAUGAAGUUUUCAUUGGGGAGUCCCUCUCAUCCAGGGUGAACUAUAAGUCCUGCAAACCCAGUUUUAAAUUCUCCCUUCAUAGGGCCUCUUACUAUGAAAUAUCAGUUGAUGAUGGUCCAUGGGAGAAACAGAAGAGCUCAGGUCUCAACAUAUGCACUGGAACUGGAUCAAAAGCCUGGUCUUUUAAUAUCAACAGGGUAGCAAAUCAGGCUGUGGAAGAAGUCCUUAAGAUUGCUAAAAAGUACAAGAACUUAAAACUUCCAUUGAACAAGGAACUAAUAGAAAAAGUAACAAAUGAAUAUAAUGAAUCACUGCUGUAUGAUCCAGAGGAACCCAAGAUGUUUUUCAGCAUACGAGAACCUAUUGCAAAUCGUGUUUUUUCAAGUAGUCGGCAGCGAGGCAUUGCUUCAAAGGUGUGCGUCCGCUCUCGCUGUUGGGAUGCCUGUAUGGUUGUAGACGGAGGAACUUCUUUUGAGUUUAAUGAUGGAGCAAUAGCAUCUAUAUCGAUCGACACGGAUGAUGCGCUGUGCACUGUCUUACUAAAAGAAUGA